AUGAAAACGCUUACGAAACAAAUCGUGGGCUCCGUGGACCGUCAGGGUCCAUUCAAGCUAUUUCUCGAUGAUAUACGGUUUGGAAACAUACUUGUGGACUCCAAAACCUUCGUGAUCAAGGCGCUUAUAGAUUGGGAAUUCUGUUACACUGCGCCACGGGAAUUCCUCAGCGCCCCUCCUCCUUGGUUGAUACCGAAUCCAGACCCCUGGGACUGGUCGUCCGAAGAGAGAGAUGUCUUUAGAAUCCAGUUUUUAAGCUUCAUAAAGGUGCUGCAGGACGAAGAUUGGGCAAAGACCAUGGCUUUUCUAUUCAGAUGCGAAAUCAACAUGAGAAUGGUACCUUUUGGUAUCUCCAAGCUAUGCGAGAGCCAUUAUGCUGCUUAG